UCUCCGAACGCAUUCGUUCAAGAAGGAAAUCCCAUUGUUACACCGAUCGGUUCACAACAUCUUCAUCAAGAAGUGGAAUUAGGUGUGGUUAUUGGUAAAACUGCUAAGGCUGUGACUAGGAGCGAGGCAAUGUCAUAUGUUGGCGGAUACGCGGUGGCACUCGAUAUGACUGCAAGAGAUUUUCAGGAUGAGGCGAAGAAAGGUGGAGCGCCUUGGUUUCUGUCUAAAUCAUUCGACACUGCAUGUCCUAUUUCGAAGUUUAUACCCAAGGAAGAAAUUGAGGAUCCCCAUUCCGAAGAGUUAUUUUGCCGCAUCAACGGGGUUGAAAAGCAACGAUGUAAAACAAACGUAAUGAUUUUCGACAUUCCAACCUUGAUAGAAUACAUCACUCGAUAUGUGACCUUGGAAGAAGGUGAUCUUCUACUCACAGGUACACCUGCUGGAGUUUCUAGAGUGCUCCCGGGUGAUUGUAUAGAGUUUGGUCUUACCAAUCGUAUCACUUGUAAUUUUGUUGUGCAGUAG